AUGGCCUCCCCACCACCAGGCGGCGUCUACGUCCCCGUCCCAACCUUCUUCGUCGGCAAGGCCGCCGCAAACUACAAUGCCGCGGCCGCUCCCUUCGACGCCGAGACGCAAUCCAAGCACUCCAUCCACCUCGCCAAAAGCGGCAUCCGCGGGCUUGUGAUCCUCGGCAGCACCGGCGAGGCAGUCCACCUCACUAACAAGGAGCGCUUUGAGGUCCUCUCAUCCCAGCGCAAGGCCCUCGAAGAGGCGGGCUUCAAGGACUACCCCAUCAUUGCUGGCACAGCCACGCAAGAUAUCGAGGGAACGGUAGAGCAGCUCCAAGAAGCCCAGAAGGCCGGCGCACAAUGGGGUCUCUGUCUCGCACCCGGCUACUUCGCCGGUGCCGUCACGCAAGAGGGAAUCGUGAAAUGGUUCCAAGCCAUCGCUGACCGCAGCCCAAUCCCCAUUAUGAUCUACCACUACCCCGGCGUCUCCAACAACGUCAAAGUCACCCCCUCCACCUAUGCCACCCUCUCCGCCCACCCCAAUAUUGUGGGCUGCAAGCUCUCUCACGGCGAUAUCUCGUACCACGCCCAGAUCGGCGCGAACCCCUCUAUCGACCACAGCCACUUCCACACUUUCACCGGUCUCGGACAGCAGCUUCUCCCCAUCCUAGCAUUAGGAUGCGCCGGCACGAUUGACGGUAGUGCUGGAUUCUUCCCCAAGUCGGUAGUGCACCUCUACGACCUGUGUCUUAAGGAGGGCAAGACUGCAGAGGACAUCAAGGAGGCGAGGACGCUGCAGUAUAAGAUUAGUGCGGUGGAGGAGCUGGUGGUGAGGUUUGGAACGGUGGGGAUUAAGGAGGCGGUUUCGAGGGUGUUGGGGUUAGGGGAGAGGGAUGGGACGAGGUUGCCGCUUGUGGGUGGGAUUCCCGGAGGAGAUGCGGAGUGGGAGAAUUGGAAGGGGGCGGUUGGGCAGUUGGAGGCUGUGGAGAAGUCGUUGUAG